AAGGAACACAAGUCUGGGGUGAAUGAGAGAAUCAUGUUUUGUGUCUUCUGAUAAAACAAUUGGAGAAUGAUUCAGAGGCGAAGGAUCUGAAAUGAGAGAAAAUAAAAUAAAAGAUGAUUUUCGUCGGUGAUCUCGAUUUGGGGGAAAAUUAAAUUAUUAAUGCAGCCAAUAUUCAGCACUUGUGAGAAGCGCGCUAAUGGCGACAUCUAUUACGCGGUAUCAGAACUUUGGAGCAGAUGCAGGCCCAAUAUUUGGAGGGCCAUCUUGUCGAUCAUCAUUGGGAUUGUUGGAUCCUUGGGAAAUUUUCGUUAGAGAAUAGUUGUAGGUUGUACUAUUUCAUAUAUAUGUACAUGAUGAUAUCUGCGAAGAUUUAUUCACGGUGUAAGCGCAAGAUAAAAAGUGAGGGAGGAUCGGCGAUAUUCGAGUGGAGGGAGAAGCCUUCAACGCUCUUGGAGUAUAUAUGCGUGAAGCAACUAGCUGAAUGGUACAGUUCAACAAGAGAUAAAAAGGACAAGACAGAUCGCCGCAAACGUGUAUCAGACCAACGUUUAGCUGAACUAGAAACUCUAUUAGCACUAGCUCGAAUGCGAGGAAAAUUAGUGACCGUUCCAGUGGGAUUUGGUCGGGUUGAUCCAGCUAAAAUUGGCCGCAGACGGAGAUCGAGCAUCGAUCAUGAUUUGCUAAAAUUGAAACGUAUUUUACAAGCUGUCGUUGAUGAUAAUUUCGGUACCGAGUCUGUUAGUGAAGAAAAUGAUGAAAUUUCUUCAUCACUGCAAUUUGGAGAUCCGCAUGAAGAUAUAGAGGAUUAAUUAAAUUAAUUUAUAAUUAAAUUAAAUAAAAUUAUUAAUAAUCGUCAUGUGUUAAAAAUAAUCAAACAAAAGGUGCAAAUAUCAACUGAUAAGCAGGAAUAAUUUAGUCUUUCCAGCCUAAACAGUAUUAACGGUCAAUUACCGUCUUCUGUACUUAUUAAUUAUUAAUUAUUAACUUUUUUUUUAUUGAGGCUUAGUAUUUAUAAAAAAAAUUACCUCGUACUUAUUAAUUCCACAAAAUAUCACGUAUAUAAUUAUUUAUUUAUAUUUAUUUUCUAGAAUAGAACAUUAGUCUAUUAAAUUAAUUUUAUUAAAUGACUGGAAAUUAAUAGACUAAAUUAAUCAAUUAUACAAAUAAUAAUAUUGAUUGCAUAUCAAUAACAUUAUUGUAUUUUAAUUUAUUUUUUAAAUUCAGAAAUGUAAUUUUAAUUUUAUUGAUAAUUAUUUUUUUUAUGCUGACAAUGGUAGCGGCGCUACUGCAUUAUAUAUUUUUGUAACGAUAAUUCGAGACGAAAAAUUAUGCAUUUUAAGGUAAAAGACCUAGUACUCAAUCAGUUCAUGUAUUAGUAUUUCUGUAAUUAGUCAAAUUGAGUAAAUAUGGACAUACAAAUAUAUGAGUGAUCGGGUACUGGGACUCUUACCUUAUAAAAAAUUAAUUAAUUAAAUUUAUAUA